UUUAGGUUAUGUUCUUUUUGUCAUUUCUGCCAGAGACAACUGCAGUCUGCUGAAAUCCUAUUAUUCCACCUCAAUUUUGAUCGCGAAUUAGUUACCAUUAUGUGAAGCUUUGUCGUCCUGUAAUUUGAUACUCCAUUUAUCUCAGGACUGUUCAAAUUAGUGCUCUCAACUGUGUUCUUGACCCGGAGACUCUUCAAUCACAAUGGUACGAGAAAGUCCUAUCGAACUAAGGGAAACCUGGCAUUGGGAUUUCUUCAUUCCUCGGAGCUACUAUUACUAUGAUACUCCUGAUGGCCAAGAUUUAGUGAAGAAAUUGUGGUUCUUGACAACCACUUUUGGAAAAGCCGGAGUUGUUCACGGUGCUUUGAUGUGUUUUGACCCCCUCAAUCCAGUGAAAGGCCCUGCUCGGCAUGCUUUAAGAAUUCUCGAAUUCACAAAACCUUGGAUGGCUAUUCCUUGUACUUUUGCCAUUACUACCCACUUUCUGGUUAAAUUUCGAGAAAAAGAUGAUAUACUCAAUUACUCAAUUGCUGGAGCUCUUAGCGGCACCUACAUGGGGUUUUGGUACAAGUGUACUGGUACCGGGCUAAAUUGGGGAUUUCUCCUUUUUCUUGUUGCUACUGCCUUUAAGUAUAAUGUGAGUCAAGGUUAUUCCCAUCUUGGAGGUUAUGUACCAAUUAACUACAGAGUUCAAACGAUGACUUCUCUGAAAGAGAUGGAUUACUCUGUGAUUCCUGAAUACCCACGCAAUUGGUACAAAGCGGAGGAAGUGGCUGAAAAGAAAAUCGAACUGCCUAAAGGCAAACCAGUUUUCGAUACAUGGCACACACACUAAUUCAGGAACAUCCUGUCUGUCUCUCAAAUUUUAUCCAAGGUAUGUUCUAUUCCGUACUACUUAUCGGAUUGAAUUGUUAGUCAGGGUCUGAUUUGUAGAGCCAGUAGUAUUUUAUAAUUUUAAUCAGCAAACAGAAACAAAAGAAAAUGUUUGAUUAGAUAUUGUCUCAUGCCAUGCUGAAAAUUGAAUGAAAUAAUUUGAGCGUUGAACUAAAGAUUACAUGUGUAAUGUCGAUUUUGUGCUCUGAUGAAUAAAUAUUGAUUGUUAUUUAAAA